AACUUUUCUCAGCGCCAAUAACUUCCAAAGAAUCUUUUUCUCAUUGUCAGGUCCGUCUCUUUAUUGUCUUACCAAGAAUCACUUCCCACAUAAUACAGUCUUCUCUGGUUUUAUGGUAUACAUUUGACCUGGUCCCUGUGACUAGACAUGCGUCACAGAACACUCGUUCAACGGUCACUUCGAGUUUUGGACUUCCUCCGCCCGUAAGCCACCUCCGCUAGUACCACUAUCGUGUCAUGAAAAGGUGCUUGUCCUCAGCUCGUCCGCUGCGCCCGCAUCAUGGGCCUCCUCGAAUCUCCUCUCCUUCGACCGGUCAUUUCUGCGGAACCCAUGCCUCUUCCCCUCCCAGCUCGCGCUGGGCUUCCUCCGCGUCGCGGCGACGUGGGAUCUACCAACGCUUCGCCACAGACAGCACAGCCUUCACUUAUGAAUUCAUCAGUGCCCAGGGGAUGAGGAAGAUGCCGCAACCGAGAAUAGGUGAAAAGGAACACGACCCCAAUGAACGCUGGCUCGGACUGCUGGAGGAGCAUUUACCACCACCGUUGCGCAGGGGCUACAAUGGGGAGGCGGAGAAGAGUUCGGAACAUUCCUCCGCCGAUUCGUCGUCUAUGGCCCAGGAAUCUUUCGCAGAAACUGUCGACAUGACCAACACGCUAUAUCGAGCCCGAAAGCAUCGAAACCUGGACCUGUUGACUUAUCUUGGUUUUCGGUUGAACAAUUGGGCUGCUGUGGAUUUCAUUUUAGGUCGUCUGCUGGACGCCUCCGAAGCCGCCACUGACUUCUCGCGGCGCUCGCGGCCACCAACCUGUGUGCAUUGGGCCCUGGACCCCAACUCGACGCUUGAUGAGCUUUCCCGUCAACCUGUAGAUUCUGCGCCUCCUGCUGCACCGGCUCUGGGCCACGGCGCGUCAAAUGACCCGAAAUUGAUUGCGCUGAAGCACGGUACCGCCAGGCCCUUUGCUGCCGAAUUAAAUGAGCGCUUUCUGGCGCAGAUAUGGCAAUCGCUGGGUGCCCUUGUACUAGACGCCGCGGAUGCAUCCCCCAAUGAAGCCAAGUUGGCUAUGUCGGUUGUUCUUCGCACUCUUGCCCGUCUACAUACCUCUGGCGCUAUAUCCGACAGGGUUUAUGAUUGGACUCCGCCCCUUCGAUUUCAAAGCUCAUUUCGGCCUCCAGGGAUGUCCUUGCUCAAGUCCUCAAUUAUGCAAGCUCUGACUGAUGCUGCGUGGAUGGAGUACGAGGCAGACAUGGCUGACAAGGCUGCUGCAGUAGGCCAAAAAUCACCCUUCGUUCCGGUCAACCCGGUCAUCCGUGAACUAGGACCAUCAAUUUGGAUGGAGUUGAUUCUCUGGUGUUGUGUCGAGCAAGGCUUCACUGAAGAAGGGGUGUGGCUCAUAGAACGAAUGAAGAGACAGUCGGGCGACAUCCGCUGGACGGCCAAGAACUGGAACAAGCUGCAUAUGAUCGACGAGUCCGCACGAGUUUGGAAGACUGAUAUCGACCUGGAAGGCAAAUGGCGUGAGCCACAGGACCCUGGAGUGCUCUACAGGCGACUUCAGGAGAAUUACGUCAAGAAAAGGCUUGACCUAACUCCCUUCGUCGGGAUGGGUGAGCGAACGAUUAGUGAGGAAGUUCUAUGUGCAUUGUUCGACAGUCUCCCAAACCUGGCAUAUUCAGGGACCGGUUUCCGAGGCAUGUCACCCAGCCGCAUGGCGUCUUGCGUUUUCUCAUUAAAGUUCAUUCUCUCUGCACCGAGGGUUAGGCGUUUGUUUGUGACAACCCAGAGAUUUAAUUCUUUCCUCAUGCGGGUGCUAUCAGCUGGAGGGAUCAACGCUCAAAAGGACCCUCUUUGUGUUGUUGACCUUCUUAAGACCUCACCGACAGUGGUGCCGCCUUGCGUCCCGCCCUACGUGCAAGUCACGGAUAUAGGGCAUCUCAAGAGCUUGCAUCAGUGGGAUUUCUACAAUCAAACUCUGGCGCCAGUUGGCCUGCUCGAAUACACCCUUAGGUAUUCUUCGUCCUUGCGACGGUCUGGGGAGGCCUUAAGAACAUUUGCCUGGCUGCAGGAAAUAGAAGACGAAAGCAGACAACAGCGGACAGACGAAUCCUUUAAUUUGGAAGCUGUAGGUGCUGGAGACUCGCUCGACUCUUCUUUGUCACCCAUGCCGCAUCUGUCGAGUGUGACGCUGGCCGAACUGCUCGACUUGCUCACUGCGUCACGGGCUUACGAGUCCGCUGAAUGGCUAUUCUCUGCUACAGACGUCGAAAGGCCUGCUAUCUCAGAGGACGUGUACGGUGACCAGAACAUAGCACCAUCGAUCCUUCGCUUUGCCGCCGCCACGAAAAACAAAGCUCUCGCUGAAUCCGUUAUUGGAUCUCUUCAGCAGCCUCUUUCCACUAACACCUUGCGUGCCCUUCUUAACUACCGCAUAGUUCAGGGCGAAUGGGAUUCAGUGGUAACAGUGUUCGAGUACCUUUGCCGCCACCGCCAGAAGUCCUGGGGUCACAGCAACGUUGCCACCUUGGCAGCAGAGAUCAUCCGUCUGGAACACGCGAUCCAAGAGCUAGGGGAGGGUCCGGAACGCCUCGGUACAGACUAUGAACGGAGGCGCGCCAGCCUCGUCAGUUCUUUUGACACAGCGAAAGCAAUCCUCGGCCGUCUAUUUACCGGAGAGUUCAACGAACGCCAGGGCCCGAUUCUAUCGAGCAGCGCUGUUCCCGUCCAGGGCCAGGACUUCCAACCACGUGUCCUCGCGAGUUUUCGCCGCAUUUUCCUCGAUUUCGUGGAUUCCCCUGCCCUUCGUGAUGUCGCCACUUCCAGCACGCAUCGCCUAAAAUUCAAGGUCACUUCGCGCACUCUGAUUCCCUACAUUCCCUCGACCGCGUUCCACCAGAUCCUUGAAGCCGUCGUUGACACGCAAGGCAGCGCCGCGGGCAUGAACCUCUACUUCAAGACCUGCUUGGAUAUUCUCUCACCGGAAACGGUCAGGAUGCGGGAGGGCGGCAUCCCGCGCAUGUACCUGCACUCCGAACGCGUCCUCGAGCGAGCCGACCCCCACUUUGACCCGGUGUACUUCUGGGGCAAGCAGGAGAAGUGUGUGAUCCCGAACUUGAGUACCAUUCGGAUCAUCCUACGGGCAGCGAUGGAGGAAUACAACGCCAACAACACGGUGCAUGAGGACAAAAGUCACGAUGACGACCACGACACCGCGGAAUCGUUCUUUGAUGAGGAUGCACAAUUAAAAGACUACUUCGAGGGCAAUUACUGGGCAAAUAUAAUCAAGGCCCGAAAGGCGGCGGCAGCGGCUCGGUCUGCCGACGGCGCCCUGCAUCCUCGGCGCGACCAAGGUCAGCCAACAACGCUGCCCGCGUUCGAGCCACGGUCCACAACAUUGCAGCCAGACCCUAAGUCCGUGUCGAGAGAAGCGCCACACAUCCUCGCCGACCUACCCGACCAUCCCCGCGAGCGCCCCCAGAAGCUCCUGAGCCGGAAGAACCCGUCCUGGCCCGUCCUCGACUUCUGCAUCAGGCGCUACUUCCGCUUCGGCCUCUCCUACCGCGAGGUCAACCGCGAAACCGGCGGGUAUCUGUCCCUGCAGCGGCGCGAGUAUUGGGGAGAGAGCGUGCCGGGGCCCGAGCUCUCCGUGCGCACCCUCCCGGACAAAACCACCCUGGUCGGGCCCGAGUGGAUGAUCCGGAGGUCGCAUGCGGCCGGGGACGUGCGGAAAAAGAUCAUCAAGUGAUCUUUCCUUUAUUUUUUAUAGAUUCCACGGUCCGCGGCGAUGUGGCUAUUGUAUAGAUAGACGUUCUGAUUCUUUCCCCCCCCUUCUUCUGUGUGUGCGUGUGCGUGUGCGUGCACCAAGGGCCCAGGUUUCUUUCUGACCCCGGGGUCGAACUCAAUGUGUUUAUGUGUGUCUCUAUGUGUGUGUGUGUGUGUGUGUGUGUGUGUGUGUGAGAGAGAGAGAGAGAGAGAGAGAGAGAUGAUGUAUAUAGCUCGACCUGUACAGUUACUAGGACCUCUUUUCCUACAUGUUAGAUUC